CCGGCGGCCCCGGCGGCGGCCCCGGGAUGGUGGCGGCUCCCCCGGCCGCCGCCGCCGCCAUGCGCCGGGGGUUCCUGGUGCCCGAGAUCCGCCCGCUGGACCAGUACGACGGGGCUCGGGCUCGCAGCGCCGCCAGCCUGGCCUGGGCCAUCGCCACCGGCUACGGCGGCGCCGCCAACGUCCCCGAGGAGCUGCGGGACCCCUUCUACACCGACCAGUACGCGCAGGAGCACCUGAAGCCGCCGGUGGAGCGCCUCCUGCUGGCCGCCGACAUCUACUGCCGGGCGUGGCGCCACGCCCUGGCCCCGCCCCCGCAGGCCCCGCCCCCCGCGGCCCCGCCCCGCGACCUGGGGGCGCUGCUGGCGCUGCUGGCGGGGAGGGGGCUCCCCCCGACCCUGCAGGGGGUCCCGGUCAGCGCCCAGGAUCUGCAGCAGAGACCCAUCCGCAUGGGCGCCCACCUGGCGCUGAUCGAUUCCCUCAUGGCCGCGUUUGUCGCCGAGGCCACCCGAAAUUUGGGGUCCCCCCCCGGCGCCCCCCCGGGACCCCAAAAUUGGGAAGCCAAAAUUUUGGCCUGGUUGGACACGGUGAAUCGGAAGCUGCAGGAAAGCACCGAACAGGAGGGGGGGGGGACACCCCAAAAUUCGGGGAACCCCCAAAAUUCCGGGAACCCCCAAAAUCCGGGAGGCGGCGAAGCGGCGCCGGCGGGAGCCAACAAGUGUCCCACCCGCUGGUACUGGAAGUUGGUGCCCCACGCCAUCGCCUUCUGUUUGAAAGAAUCGGGGAAUAAACCUCCGGUGAUUCGGUACCGGAAGGACAAAGGAGCCGCUCCGGCGCCCCCCCCAUUCCCUCCUGUGAGGGGGCUGCAGGAUUUGGCCAGCGGGGGGGUCCUGGCGGCCGCCAUCCACUUCUACUGCCCCCAAUCCCUCCGCCUCGAGGAAAUCCGCCUCGGGGCGCCGCUGGCGCUGCCGGACCGGCUGCACAACCUGGGGCUGGUGCGCGAGUUCGGCGCGCGGCACCUGCGCACGCGCUGCCCGCUGGCCGUGGAGGACCUGCUCUACAUGGCGCCCGCCCUCAAGUUGAACGUGGGGGCUUUCCUGGCCGAGCUCUUCCUGUGCUUCGAGGUGCUGAGACCCCCGUUUGUCACCCCCCGGCAGCUGGGGGGGGGCUCAGAAUCUCCGGCUACUGGUGAUGCUCCGAACCCCAAAAGCAGCUCCCCUGGCUUCAACUUUCGGCACCCCCUGUUGGCAGGGGGGGGGUCCUUCAGCAUCCCCUUCGGCCUGGACAGCGACGUCGACAUCGUCAUGGGCAACCCCGUGGGGGUCCCGGCCGGGACCCUCGCCCGCUCCGCCAGCUCCGACAGCCUCGCCCCGCGCCACCGCCGCUGCCACCCGCCGGGUGCCACCCCUGCCACCCCCCCGGCCGUCCCCAACGGCGUCCCCGAGCCCGCCGAGCCCCCCAGCAUCGAGGAGGCUCUGCAGAUCAUCCACAGCUCCGAGCGCCUCCUCCCCGACGGAGCCCCCGACGCUUUUUUCCUCCACUCCCCGGAGCCUCCCCCUCCUCAAAACCCCCAAAAUCUCCUUGGAACCUCUCCGAAUCUUUCUGGCGCCCCCCAAAAUCUCCUUGGAACCCCUCCGAAUCCUUCUGGGGCCCCCCAAAAUCCUCCCCAAAAUCCAGCCCGUCCCAUGACCAGCUUCGCCGAGCGCAAGAAGAAACUGGAAGAAGCCACCGGCGCCGCCCCCGCCAAUCCCCCCGGGGGUCUCGGCGUGAAUUUGGGGGGGGUCCCCACCUCUCCCGGGGGUCCCCCCGAAUCGGGCGGGGGUCUCAGCGCCGAGAUGUCGCAGCUGGGAGCUCGUUUGGAGGAGAAGCGCCGCGCCAUCGAGGCGCAGAAGAAACGCAUCGAGGCCAUUUUCGCCAAGCACCGCCAGCGCUUGGGCCAAAGCGCUUUGCAGCGCCUCCGCCACGACGAGGAGGGGGCUUCCCCCGCCCUUCCCGAGGAGGAAUUGAGUCUGGGGGCUCCACCAAAACCGCCUCCGGCCCCUCCAGGGCAAUACGAAGCGGCGGUGGCCAGGCUGAGCGCGGCGCUGAGCUCGUUGCAGCUGGACAUGCAACGCUUGACGCAGCAGCAGGAGCGGCUGCUGCUGGAGCAGAGACCCCACGGAGCCCCCCAGGCUUGGGUGAUCCCCCUCCCCAAAUCCACCAAAACCCCCUCGGCAACCCCAAAAAACACCCCAGGCUCGCCGGCGCCCGCCAGGAGAGGAGGAGGAGGAGGAAGCGGCAGCAACAAUGCAGGAAAUGCGACGGCAGGAGGAGGAGGAGCCGCGGGUUCUGUCGCGGUAUCGGCGGGGGGGUCUCGGAAGCCCCCUCCCCGCAGCCCCAGGAGACCCCGGCCCGCGGAGCUGCGGCUGCCGCCCCUGACGCGGGUGCUGACCCCUCCCCACGACGUGGACACGCUGCCCCACCUGCGGCGCUUCUCGCCCAGCCAGGUGCCCGUGCAGACCCGCAGCUCGCUGCGCUUCGCCGACGGCCAGGAGGAGCAGCACGAGGAGGAGGAGGUG